AUGGAGGAGGAACUAGGCGUUAUUCUACUGCUAGUUGCCCAGCUGAAGGUGUUCGGAAGUGGCAAAAGUGAGGAGUGGUGGUCAGGGUACCUCAUCCUUUUUGCCGGAAGUGUGAUAUUUGCAAAAAACAAAUUUCUGGAUCAGGCCCAAUUUCUGAAGCAGAAAGCAGUUGCUUGUCCUCCAGUUAAUUCAACUUCAAAAGAAACUGAGAACACAUCUGAUAACGUGGGAAUUCUGACAUAUGAAGCAGACAAAAAAGUCACCAGGAAUGAGUUUGGCGCUCCUGCUUUUGUGGACAGACCUUUUGAAGAGCAGCAAAGAAAACCCUACUGCAAGACAGAGAAAGAGGGGGACAUUCUGGAGCCCUGUAGAUUGUGCAUUCCCACCUACUGCAAAUACCAGUUUCAUGACUUUCCACCUCAUCGAACUCACGGACAAGUCCAUGGAACUCACGUCUACUUUAAGGAUGUUAAUGUACUUCUAACAGGGAUGAUGAAACCUGGGGAAUUACAGAGGUGUCUUAGAGGUCCACCUUUGGAGAUUGAAGUUCAUGACCGGGAUAGAAACAUGGAAAACAACACAAACCCCCCCUGUUUGUUUGGGGAAGAUGAAGCAGAUGAAAAAGUGGGUAAGGUGAGCUUCCUUGCUUGCAAAUCCACAAUCUGUGAUUCUUUUACAAAGGACAAAGUGUGGCAUCCACAUGGGGUAGCUAAAGUCAGUUUAACUGAUUUAUUGUUGGGUAAAAGGUACUUGACUGUCAGUGCUCCCAUUCGUAGCUGCUCAGCUCCAAAUACAGCUGUCUUCAGUGAGGAGGAUAAAAAAAAGAACGUGACAGAAUCUGUGAGUAGUUCUUCCCUGCUACCUAUGGGACAUUAUCUAGAAUCGGACUCACUUUUGAAAGUAAGAGUGGAAAUAGCUGUGCCGUUGGGAAUGCAAGCAGAAAUUGCUGAUGCUCAAGUCACAAACUGCCCAUAUGGUUGUAUAAUCUACAUUUUUGACUACAAUAAUUCAUCUUUAUUACAUGAUUUGGUGGAAGAGAUUACAGAAAUCAAUGCUAAAGCCCUCCAGCUGGACUGCUAUCCUGUACACUUAAUUGGAAUGGCUCUUGCUGCAUUAAAACUGAAAACCACACUUGAGAAACUUUCUGAGUUGGAUAUUGUUACUGGUUUUCACUUACUGGAUGGAGCAACUCAUCUCUUUGUCUUGGAGGGAUUAAAAGACAAAGCAAUCAAGAGACUAUGGGAUAGACACUUUGAAAGGACUUACAGACGUGAAGAUGGACAACUGGAAAUACUGUAUAACUCACAACUGUCUUUCCAUCAACGCCUGUACACAGACCUGGAAGCUAUCUUUUAUCGUUUCCGCCUCUGUCAGCCCCUCUUCGCUAUAACAGCACAGCCUCUGCUCUACGUCAGAGGUAUGGUUCCUUGGGCCUGUUUCCAAGCCUUGACCAGGCUCAGUUACCUGUGCCACAGUAAGAGGCUGAGGGAUGUCGUUCAUGGGGAUCUGCUGCCCUCCGCGGAGAUGAUCACAGUCUUGAGUCACGACUACGGAGUUCCCUUAACUGAUGAGGAUCUCUUCACUCAGAAACUUCCUUUACUCUCAUUUUCCUCGGAUGACUAUACGCUGCCAGGAAAAGUUAGCAGAGUGAAACAAGCAGUGUAUUCUUCAUUAGAUAACUACAAUGAAGUGUAUGUGCAGUGGAAGAAAGAAAUGGCAGACAAAAUGUCUUUUGAGAGAAACCACGUUGGGGCUAACAUUGGUGCUGUACGCCAACUCAAAGGAAAGAUGAAAAAGCCAAAGUUUGAAGUUUUCAGGAUUUCUCCUGGUGAUGGCAAAUCUGUCUUUAACUACAGCUGUCAGAGCCUGAAUUCGGCAGAACUUGCAAAGAAGCGUCUUCGCCAGGAAAUGGCAAAGGAACCAAAGAAAAGAUUCACUUAUUGUCAUGAGUAUCUGUCUGCCACAUUUGACCCAGUGGAUGUGGUCGCUGCCUGUAAGGAAUUCUGUGCAAAAUCCAAGAGUAUGUGGCUGUCACCGGAGGGGUUUGUAUUUCCCGGGUUUAAGAGCAGCAUUGAAAGCAACCUGCACCCUCAGAUGCCUGAUGAAGCACAUCUGGAGGAGUUAAGGGAGAAAUGGCAGGAGAACGCUCUGCAUGCUAACAUGGAGCCAGUGCUCUCACGGGACAGAUGGAGCUGGGACAAACGGCACAUUGAUUUUGAUCUUUAUAAGAAGCCACCUGAGCUCUUCAUGACAACAGCCCCACCGCCUGAUGCUACUCAGGUUCUGCAAACCGCCUUUGGUGAUACCAAGCUGAAAGCUCACCAGCGCUCCACAGCAGCCGAGUCACCCACGUGUGGGCCAAGAGCCAGCUUUCAGCUGCAGAACCUCCGAGCGCUUCUGAAAGAUGAACCUCUGAAGGUCUCGCUCAGGAAGGCAGGACCCAUUUUGAAGCCUGGCUGGCUGAGCACCUCAACAGCUGCCAUCCUGUCCCAGCGUAUGCCAGCCCUGUCGGCACUGGACAACCAGCCCCGUGACACCAGUUCGGAUGCCUUCCCAGGAAGGAGGAGGAGCAUCGCCAGUGGCUUUGCACCAGGCCCUGAUGACCAGCACAGCUUGAAGUGGUGCAAGAAUGUUAUUACCUGGCACAACAGAAAGCAAGAGAAGUUUGGAAAACUCCAAGGUGCAGAUUUCAAGUAA